GGCGUGGCCGGAGGCGGUCACUAGGACCUGCGGGAGCGCAGCGCGGACGUCACGGAGCUGCUUCCAGGCCGCUGGUUGAGCGGGAGGCGCGAGUGGUUGGGUCGCUGGUUCCCCGCGCCGGGGCCGGGCCCCGAGCCGGGCCCCGAAGCCGGAGCCGGUGGCGGUAAGGAUGACCACGCUCACGCGCCAGGACCUCAACUUUGGUCAAGUGGUGGCCGACGUGCUCUGCGAGUUCCUGGAGGUAGCUGUGCACCUCAUCCUCUACGUGCGCGAGGUCUACCCGGUGGGUAUCUUCCAGAAGCGUAAGAAGUACAAUGUGCCUGUCCAGAUGUCCUGCCACCCGGAGCUGAACCAGUAUAUCCAGGACACCUUGCACUGUGUCAAGCCACUCCUGGAGAAGAAUGACGUGGAGAAGGUGGUGGUGGUGAUUUUGGACAAAGAGCACCGCCCAGUGGAGAAAUUCGUCUUUGAAAUCACCCAGCCGCCGCUGCUGUCCAUCAGCUCAGACUCCCUGCUGUCUCAUGUGGAGCAGCUGCUCCGAGCCUUCAUCCUGAAGAUCAGUGUUUGUGAUGCUGUCCUGGACCACAACCCUCCAGGCUGUACCUUCACCGUCUUAGUGCACACAAGAGAAGCUGCCACGCGGAACAUGGAGAAGAUUCAGGUCAUCAAGGACUUUCCCUGGAUCCUGGCAGACGAGCAGGAUGUCCACAUGCACGACCCCCGACUGAUCCCACUAAAAACCAUGACGUCAGACAUUUUAAAGAUGCAGCUCUACGUGGAAGAGCGAGCUCAUAAAAGCAGCUGAGGGUGUGCCUGCCCCCACCGUGGAUGUUCCCACCGCUGGACACUGGGGGCCCCAGCCUAGGGCAGUGCUGUAGGGCCACCCUGAUUCCAAGUGCUCUUAUUGCCUUUGUGUAUGGACCGCCCACCCUCCAGCAUGGCGCUGCUCAGGGCUGCUUGCCUUCGUGGAGAAACUCUCCCCGGGAAGGCAGGGAAGGAUGCUCGGACUGUGAUUUCUGAUCUUAGCCUCCUGGGAUUUGGCCGGCCAACACUGUCUGUCUCAAAUACUGUGCUGUGAGUUGUUUCAAUAAAUGGCCCCAAGGGCUGA